CCAGUCAUGGCCGCCUCAGACCCGUCGUUUGCGCCCAUACUUCUCACUCUUCCCUCGCUCACCCCAUCUCUUGCGCUCGAGGUUCUGCCCGCUGGGCUUACCCUUCACCGUCUGUUCGUCCAGGCAGAUGGCAAGACCCAUGACAUCCUGAUCGGACCUGAGGACCCUGCGGGUCACAUUACCCAGAAGUACACCAACACAAUUAUCGGCCGCUACGCCAACCGUCUUCCCGUGGGAUCCUUCGCGGUCGAGCGCAACGGAAUCCACUCUGUAGUCUCGCCCAAGCCCAACGAAGCCCCGACCGUAUCGCUCCACGGCGGGCCAAAGGGCUUCGACCAGUAUCCAUGGGAGCCGCUCGUAGACCCCUCCACGGCUGAACUCUUCACCCCGGCGGAGCUCGCCACGAUCCAGACGCGCCUUCCAACCUCUAUCAUAUUCAAGCGCAUCUCUGAGGACGGCGAAGAGGGGUAUCCUGGUCGUCUGCUCAUCGAGGUUCUCGUCGGUCUGGCGCAGCCAGAAGGGCCGGCCAAUCCAACUGCCGAUGGAAAGAAGGAGUGGAACCUCGGCAGCGUACUUAUUGUCUACCGCGCCAAGCUCUUGGACGAGAAGAAGGUCACGCCCAUCAACCUCACGCAGCAUUGGGGCUUCAAUCUUGACGCGUCGCUCCAAGAUGGUCCGGAUCCGCUCACUAUCAAGGACCACACCAUUUCUCUCAAGGCUGAUCACACCGUUGAGCUGAACUCUGAGGCGCUCUCGACUGGAACUCUUCUCCCUGUGGCGGGUACCCACCAUGCACACGCGGAGAAGUCCAGCGGACGCAUUGGCGAACAGUUCCCCGAGCAAGGCUACGAUGAGUUCUACCUGUUCUCUGCCCGCGCAGCUCCCCCGCCGCCCUCCGUUCUUCCAGCAUCCGAGCUUACACCCGAGUUGGACUUGGUCGGCGCGGCGCUGUCACGCGACGGCCCUGCCGGAGAGGAGCUCGUCUCCCUCGCGAGCGGAAAGAGCGGGCUCCGCCUUGGAUUCGCUUCGAACCAGCCCGGCGUGCAGUUCUACUCGAACAACCUCUCCGUCCCGGAGAAGGGCGCGCGGAAGAAGAUCCAUGGCGGCUCGGGCGCCAUCGGCGACGGCUACCCCGCAGGCACCGCUGCGUUCCUCGAGUUCCACGCGCCGCUCGCGGCGUGGAUCCACCCACAGACGCGCGGGCCGACGGGCGAGGACUCGCUCCUCGCGUCCGGGGAGGUGUACAAUAACUUCGUGCGUCUGGACGUGUGGUAUCGUGAGGGUACCGCCUCUGGUGGUAACUAAGACAUGACUGCACCGGGCCAGGGAGAGGAGGAAUAUGAGAAGAAUGUACGCUGUAUGAUCUUUGUGUCAAGAUGCUGAUUUUUGGAUACAUUGUUUUGAAAUUCUGGUUUACGACUGUCGCAAUGCGAUGUCCGACGGCGCGUCGGAACUCCUGCUGUCCCAGGUGGACAUUCCCGAACAGCAAGAAUCGGGAAGCCUUAGCGUCGUGCAGCCUGAAGAGUGCGCCAGGCUUGUUCUGCAGCUAUCUCUCGGGCCCCACCGACACUGAGCGCAUUUCCCCGUCCAUAUUCAAUGCCGUUGAUCCAUACGCUUGCAGUCCAUGCAGGGGCAUCCACAGGCCCUGACCGCGCCUCGGUCCACUGGACGUUCGCAAGUCUGUUCUGCUGAACGUAGUUGUUGAACUCCAUGCGCCAAUGUUGCGACAUGUCGGCUUUCACUCCAGGCUGUGGUUAUGGGAGCGCUGAUGAGGUUUUGGCUUCGAUAGAGACGUGUGCAGAUGCCACUACGCCGCUGGCUAGCCCGAG